CAAGCUUAAAAAAUAAAUAUUUAAAAUAUAAAUAUUAUUGAAAUAUUUCCAGAUAUACAUUAUUUAUUGUAUUUUUAUCUGCUAGGUGGUUGAUUCUGGCUUUUGUUCCUCGGGUUUUUCCAAGAGUUCGGAUGCAUACAUAUAAACGUGCAUUAAUCAUCAUCUUCAUAUGUGCAUAUGUGCACAAUGGAUGUGCAAUAAACAUCUGAUUGUUUAGACGAAGACGACUGUUAGAAGUGAAAACAUCUCUUUAGAAAGAUCAUAUCCAGAAUCCUGUUCCAAGGAUGUCGGCGCCCACGUCUUUAAAUGUCCUUUGUGCUAUAUGCAGUGAAUAUUUUCAAAACAGUGACAUUGUUUAUUGUACUACAAGAUGUGGCCAUGUAUUUCAUCAUAAAUGUCUGACUCGUUGGUUGUCCAAUUCCAAAACAUGUCCCCAGUGCCGUGGCAAUUGUCAGCGUCAUAUGAUACAUCGAAUUUAUUUGAAUUUUUCUGAACCCACACCAUUGGAUGAUGUCGAUACGGAACCAGAGGCCACAUUCGAUUGGUACCCGUUGGAGAGUUCCAUGAGUGUUUCCGAGAUUGCUGGCUUUGGCUUCAAGUUGGAUAACGAUGAAAAUGGCGAUGCGAUCUAUGCUGCCCGUGUAUACUACAAGGAUGAUUUAUUACCAGCUUAUUAUGUUCCCCAAAAGAAGGGAGUGUAUUGUGCCUGGGGUUGUGCGUCACAUUUUGUUGAUGACAAUAUUGAGCAAUUGUAUAUCGCUAGCGAUACGGCUGAGUACAAAUGGGAGUCAGCUGAAAAUGGUCAUGUACCGGAAAAUGCAUUGCAUGUAGGUUAUACGCAAAACAAUGAAGAAUUAUAUUUUGGCCGAGCUAUGUACGAGGGACGAUUACGUUAUGGCAAAGUUCAUCCAUCACAUCACUGCUGUUAUUUUCCAUAUAAGGAGUGGGAGAAAAAUAACAGAACUUAUGAAGUAUUAGUUCGAAUACCAAAGUCUGAAUGAAGUAAAUAGGAGAGGGGUAAUUAAGCAUAAAAUAUAUUAUUUUCUUGGGUAUUUUGCUUGUUUUUUUUUAACCAAUAUUUUUGUUUUAAACCCAUAUAAGAUGGCCAAAGUGACGGACAAUGUUGUGCUUUUGCAUAAUAUAAGAAAAUGUUUGUCCUAAAUACACUAUGUUAUGAUAUGUCAUUUUAUUUUAAAUAAAUGCUAUUACAUUAUUAAUAACUAAA